ACGCUCUUGACUAAAUUCAAGUUUGUCAGAGCUCAUUUGUACUAGUAACAGGGAGAAAAGUCGGUUCUGCCCUUGAGUUGAGCAACUGAGGUCAUUUCCACUUGAUUCAUUUCGAUAGCUUUGGCUGAUACUGCAAUGUGGUACUCUGGUGAAGGGGAAACAGUUAUGCACCUGCUUAUUUGGUUCAACUUAGAUAAUGCAGGAGCUUGUACGUCAGAUAACGGAGAGAAAAGUCGAUCCUGCCCUUGGUCUUUUGGUGGGAAGAAGCCAACGGGCUCUAUAUAAGGCGGGCCAAUCAAGUCACUUUGACCAGCCUCUCAAAGUCUCAAACCGCAACGACUUCCUCUGCUUCCCUCCAAUUUCCAAACCCCGACGGACGACGGCGACGCCAAGCUUGGGCUCUCCAGCGCAGGCCAUGGAGGGGGAGCUCGGCCUGCUCGGGCACCACUCGCCGGCGGGGUCGUCCUGCGUCUCCUACGAGGUCUUCGGGUCGCCGAUUCCUGCCUCGCCGCGGGCGAAGCUGCUCCUCGACUCCUCUCCCUCGUCGUGCGUCUCCGACGACCGCAGCAAGGGAGGUCGACCCAGCUCGCCCACACGGAUGGGGAAGGCGCUCGACUCGCCCGCGUCCUGCGUCUCCGACGGCCGCUACGUCUCGCCGCUGCGCGUGUCAGCGGAGCAGGAGCGCGAGGCGCGCGAGGCCGAGAUGCUCCUGCGCGCGAUCGCCGAGCGCUACGACGACUGCUUCCUGCGCCUGCGCGACGCCACGGCCGAGGUCGCUGAGCUCCGCCUCGAGCGCCUCCAUCUCCGAGAGGAGAACGUGCAGCUCUCCCUCCUCCUCGAGGAGCUCGAGGCCACUCAGGGGAACCUGGCGUACGCGGCGGCGCCGGCACCACCACCGAAUCCGGCGGAGGAGGCAGCAGCGCGCGGCGGCCCGCCCAAGAGCAUCUCGAUACGAUCCAAGUGCUACCUCUCGCAGAUGAAGCAGCCGCAGGGCGAGGCAGAGGCGCAGCGCCUCCGUGUUCGCCCACCUCCACCGAUUGAGGAGGCAGCGGAGGACGAGGCGCAGGGUGAUGGGGAAGUGGAGGUGGAGGCGUACAGGCAGGGCACGCACAAGACGGAGCUGUGCAACAAGUGGGAGCAAGGCGCCUGCCCCUACACCGACCGGUGCCGGUUCGCGCACGGCCUGCAGGAGAUGCGCCCCGUCAUCCGCCACCCGCGCUACAAGACCCUCCCCUGCCAGAUGUUCGUCGCCGCCUCCGGUUGCCCCUACGGCCACCGCUGCCACUUCCGCCACUCCUCAGCGCCCGCCAUGGAGUCCUACUAGUCCGCCGCGGCCACCACCACCACCAACUUCUCGUUCCUCCGGCCGUGUAAUGCUUCCUGCCCGCCUCUCGGACCUCCGGCCGUCCUCCUCUCAUUACCUGCGCACGUCUGAUGCCUUCUCUGAUGUCCUGCCAUAGAAUCAGUAGCAGUACGCAUUGAGCUCGUUGAAUCAGUCAGUAACUUAGGAGUGCUCAAAUAAAAUAAGGCGGCCUGCCGGUUCAGCCCAGGAAUACAGUAGUGGCCAGCGAUGGGGUAAACGGGCCGUAGUGCGUGGCUCGUGUGAUUGCUGUGGAGGAAAGCUUCAAGUGGAUCGUUCCUUGUCUUCGCGAUCAGAAUUAGCCCAUAUAAGCUUUCUAUGUGAGGAUACUGGACUGGGCCAGCAUACUAUAUGAUGCAAAAGCCUGAACCGUUUCUUUCCCGAA